AUGUCCGACUUGGCGAAGGAGGGCUCUGGUACCACCGACGUUACCAAUGAUGACUUUACUUUUGGUCAGAGGCUAGGAAUUGUCUUCAUCACUGAGGCCGCUUUCCUUUCCCUCUUCUCGGUGCUCGGGCUACUCGGUUACAUCGCUUUUUCUGCUAGGAAGACUCAGGGGAAACGACGAAGACGAUGGUCGAUGUCAACGCCCUUGCAUGUCUACUUCCUUUCAAUGAUGGUGGCCGAACUAUUUCAGGCUACUGGUGCUAUUUUGAAUCUCAAGUGGAUUGAGAGAGCAAGCGUUGACUCCGGUCCAUUCUGCGUCGCCCAGGGCAUAAUCAAACAGAUAGGCGAUGUAUCUGUUGCACUCUGCACCCUGGCAAUCGCAAUCCACACUUUCACCGCUAUUGUUUUCCGAUGGAGUCCUCCAAAUCCACGACUUCUUUCAGUCCUGGUGUUAUCAGUUAUCUGGCUGACAGUCGUUUUGAUCAUCGUCAUAAGCGCUGCGACUCACAAAAAUAAUCUGGAGAACUAUUGGUCGGACACUCAGUACUGGUGUUGGAUAGCAAAACCCUACAAGCUACAACAGUACCUACUGGAUUAUUGUUUCAUGUGGGCGACUGCAUUUGCUAACAUCAUCCUUUACAUCCCGAUGGCAUUGGUUAUCAAGGGAGUCUUCACGGUUAAUGGGCGUAGGGUAAGAUAUAAGGGACCAGGGGAGCGGAAACAAAUUACCACCCAAGGAUCCUUGGGAAGCAGUGGAAAGGGCGUGGACAGCAUCGCCAUGCAGAUGCUUUUCUACCCCCUAGUUUACACCCUGACCGUCCUUCCUAUCGCCAUUGUCCGUUUCAGAGCGUUCUACGACGAACAUGUCCCCUUUACCUAUACCGUCAUCGCGGACGUCCUCUUCUGUUGCUCGGGCUUCUUCAACGUCUGUCUAUACGGGUUCACUCGCCCUUCGCUCAUCCCCCGUCGUGAAUCACUGGCUGUCAGCAACCGUAAUAUCAACCACUUUUCCUUCUCCCUCCGCAGUCCCACCGUCGACCAACCACUCUCAACCCGCCCAUCUCUCCUCCCACCCCGCUCGCCAAUGGGUGUACUCCCGGAUAAUAGUGAGGUCUUUCGAUUCGAACAACACUCAUUUCGGGAUUACGACAUCCACUCGCUCGAACCCUCACCAACGAAGACUGGACUAAGCCCGUCCUCAAUAUCAUCUUUCCGGACCCACAGCCAUGAGUAA